AUGGAAGUUUCCCUCUGCUCCUGCCUUUACCGGAGCCUGGGCAGCUGUCUUGCCUUUCUGUCACAGCUUUUCCUCCGCCUGGACCUUUAUGUCCUGGGGCAUUCUUUGGAGAUCGGCACCUGCAGGAGAAGCAGCAGUUCUGGCACAGGGCUUCCACUCAUCGCAGAAGGCGUGGUUGCGGAAUCGCAAGCACUCAUCGCCGAGACUGCUGGGCAGCUGGGCCUGGGUGAGGAACGGCUCCGGGACAACGACAACUGGGUGCUCUUCCUUCUGGUGUCGAUACCUCUUCGGUACGUCAUUAACCCGCUGGUGUUUUUGGUGGACCAGUUCGGGCUUUGCGUUCGCUGCUUGGGCGUGCUGCUUGUGGGAGCAUCAGCUGUCUUCUUCGUGUGGUACAGCUCGAACUUAGCACCUGAACCGCACGACUACCAGUCCUUCGAACAGCUGGAGAGGAGUUCCCUUCUCCCUGCACUUCUGCUUGUUUGCACCUUAAUCAUCCUUGUCUUCUUCUCGCUGGCCAACCUCCGAUACCUCCGUGCUGGGACAAUGCCUCCCAUGCCUGUGACCUAUGCGCUGUUGGUGGGCAAAGUCUUCCUCCUCAUGCGCAUGGCUAUGAGUUACUCCAGCCGUGACAUGACUGUGGCGCUGGACUACUUCGUGAAGCAGGAGCUGAUUUUGAUCAGUUGCCAUGCCCUGGGGUCCUUUUUCUUGGUUCCUUGGGCUGUACCGACAUCAGAAGCCGAACAUGGCUCGCAAGAAGCUCCCGCCAUGCGGGAGAUUGAGAAGCGCAUGGCUGUGAUCGCUCUUAUUGACUUGGGAAAGACGCUGAUCAUGUUGCUCUACUGGUGGCAGCUUUUUGCGCCCGGCUGCAUCGAAGUAUAUGUAUCCCGUGCCCCAGCUAUGUGGGCCCAAGUCGUUCUUGCACUUGCCGUGCACCUUUGGCUGGAUCUGCUGCAGAGUGCCAUAACAGUGUUCACUGUGCAUCUCGCCCGCCUGCGACAUUCUCUGAUGCAGCUGGCCUGCCGUGCCGAGGUGGAAACCUUGGUCACCGACGUUCCUCGUGACAUGUCCGUCGCAAGUGGCUACUUGAGUUGUGGCUGGCGCCUCGAGGCUAUGAUCGUGGAUUCCGCGUUCUGCUUCCAAGAAGAGGUGCGUAUUUCGGCCCUUCGCUUCUUCGCAGAGAGACCUGGGCCUUGCGGCCACCUCGUUGAAACCACGUCCGCUGACGAUGGCAGCAUAGAAGUUAACGAGAUUUCGUUGAUCCUCGCAGACCGCUCUGGACUCCAGACGCACACGCUCCAAGGCCUCAGCGUGGCCCGGAAUGGGCCCGCCUGCGUCGGCAUGGCCUUCAUCUCUUGGGAGAAUACGGGCUGUGGCGUAGUGUACACGGAGCUCACCGACAUGUCUGCGGUCUAUGGGGUGACGGAGUACUUGUGGAAUCCUGGCUUGCAGGCAAGGGUCACUUUGCCAUCAACCUGGCCAAGGACUCGCCAUAAGAGAGCCUAUGCUUUGGCACUACGGGUGAUGCCGAAAGCUGCCGCCCAGGAGCUGGCCGAAUUCAUGCAGCAGCCGCAGUGGAAGGCUUUGCAACUUGCACUUACAUCCAGCAGCAACUGGCUGGACUCUCACGUUACCUCCUCCUUGGCCGCUGUCCGCGCGCUCUUUGAAGCCGUUCCAGAUGCCCAGCAAGCAGGUCAUGCCAUCGUGGAGUUGGGCACGGCUCGAGCUGCCGAGGCGUUUACUGCGCCAGGGAACGAAGAAGACGACUUCUGGGCUUUCCAGGUCUACGCAGUCACCACCUAUUGGCUUGUGGAGCUGAUGCACUGCUGGGAUGACGGCGACAAGCACCAAGCACUCGUGCAAGAGACACUGGGGCACUUUCAGCGGUUUUGGCCUUCCGAGUUUGCAUUGCCGGAACACCGUGGCUUUGUCCCAGGCUUGGGCUUUUGGGAUGGUGCGGCCCUGAUGCUGCGCCAGGCUUGGCCAAGAAAUGUCAGGCCAACGUCGCCGGAUGCUGCCGCAGUGCUGAUGUCUCUCCUGAGAGGAGGGGUGUCGGCCGCCAUUCCCUCGCCGCUGCCGGCGAGCUCCUGGUGGAAUCUGCCACCUUUCCUAGAUCCCUUGACGCUGCGACAUCAGGUCGCUUCCUCUCCAGGCGCCAGAGGUCGGGAAGAUGGCCUGUGUGUCAUUAUGAUCGAGAUGCACCGAAUGGACUACGAGGAGCUUCGUGCUUUGAUGGAACGAGUCUCCGAGGACCUCUUCGGUGCACCCGCGCGUGUCUACAGCUACUUCCUGACCGCAUCAGAAGAUGCUGAGGAGUUGGACAUUCAGGAGGAACUCCCUACGCACGGAAAUCAUGCUCACAUCUUCUUGGAGCAAGGGAUUGCGGCUGGACUUGCAGAGGUAGCUGGGUGGAUCGAGCAACAUCACUGGAAGGGUGCGGACCUGGUGGCCGGUUGCACCCCGCUUUGGGCUUGUGUGGCCCUCUUCCAGGUCCUUCCUGACAUGCCAUUUCUAGUCCGGCAGAACAUGGCCUUGUUGCAGUUCUACCAAGCAUGGGGCGAAUUGGCCCUCUACUGGUCUAUGCUCCAUGGCUUCAUGGCAUCUCGAAAGGUAACGAUUUCGUGGAAGCAUCGCUUGGGCGCGGAGCAAGUCUUUGACCAAACCGGCGCGCGGCCUGCGUAUGUGCCUCUCAUCAGCUUGCACACAGAUGGCCUCAAGUACCAGCCGACCAAGCAGGAGGUGCUGGUGCACAGAUGCGGCCACAGAGGCUUUGUGCAACUGCUGGGCUUCUUGAAGACUGCAGCCGCAGCGAUACCGAAAGUACGACUGGACUUCCUAUCAGAGCUGCAACAGCUUCACAAGAAGUCUCUGGAUUGGCAUGGCUUUACUGAGUACCAUGCCCUGGUGCUUCUUCCCGAUGCUCCGAACACCAUCAGCUUCGCAGAUGCUUAUGCCAUGCACAUCCCGAUCUUCCUGCCCAGCGAGCCGGAGAUCUGGACGUGGAUGUGGUCGCAGUCUGACCCGUACGCCGGGCCAGGCUCGUCUCUGAAGCAGCAGCGCGCCCCUUGGAGCCUCUCGGAGGAUUUCCCGGCUUGGUGGCCAGCCCUGCAAGCAGGGCCGAAGCACCAUAUCGGAGCUUUCGAUCACCUGCAAGGCAAGUUCCCCAUCGAGUUUCUUCUGGAGCGUGCUUACUGGUACCAGUACACAGAGUACUACCUCCUGCCGCACACGCGACAUUUCAGGGGCAUCGCUGAUCUACUGGAUCAGCUGCAGGGCUACACAAGAGAGGAUGCGCUGGGGGACAGCCGUCGCAUCGCUGUCGAGCAAGUCAAGAGAGAGGCGUACGUGACCACCUGGAUGGGGACGACGGUUGCCAAUGCCAUCGCUG